AUGAAGGAGCCGGUGCUCAUUCAGGCGCCCAAGCAAAUCCCGCACGAAAUCCGGCAGGCGGCCGAGGUCGAAAUCAACCAGCGCGACCUCUACACCCAGGAGUCACACCGGCCGGCGCCCCACGGCGUGCUUGAUCUGCGCCUGGGUGUCUCCAACAAGAUGGACACAUGCCUGACCUGCGGGCAGCGCCUCACUGACUGCGUCGGGCACUGGGGUUACAUUGACCUCUGCGUACCGGUGUUUCACUUUGGUUACUUCAGAUCAACGCAGACGAUCCUCCAGGACAUCUGCAAGUCGUGCUCGCGUGUUAUGUUAGAGGAGGGGGAUCGGCGCAACACGCUCAGGCGCAUGCGCAUGCCCGGGAUCGACGGUCUGCAGACGCGCGCGUUGGUCAAGGGCGUCAACGACCGCUGCAAAAAGGUCACCUACUGCCCGCACUGCGGCGCGACCAACGGCGUGGUCAAGAAGGCCGGGCCGCUGAAGAUUGUCCACGACAAGUACCGCCAGAAGCGCACGGCGGACGAGCAGGAAGAGUUCCGCAAGACGCUGGCCAACGCUGCUGAGGCCGACCCGCAGCUGACGUCGUUCAUUAGCAAGGCGCAGUCAGAGGAGAUGACACCGCUGCGCGUGUACAAUCUGUUUAAGAACAUUUCAGACGAGGACUGCGAGCUGAUGGGGCUCAAUGCCAACAGCGGCCGCCCCGAGCUGUUCCUGUGGACCAGCAUCCCCGUGCCUCCCGUGUGCAUCCGCCCGUCGGUCGCGCAGGACGGGGCCAGCAAUGAGGACGAUCUGACGGUUAAGCUGUCCGAGAUCAUCUUCACUAACUCGCUGAUUGAGUCGGGCAUGCGCCAUGGCGCGAGCACAGUCAACAUUAUGGAGCAAUGGGACUACCUGGGCCUUGCCAUCGCCAUGUACAUCAACAGUGAUGUCCCAGGUGUGUCAGUGGCCGUCAUCGGAAAGCCCAUUCGCGGAUUCACGCAGCGCCUCAAGGGAAAGGCGGGUCGCUUCCGCGGAAAUCUGUCGGGCAAGCGCGUCGACUUUAGCGGCCGCACGGUCAUUUCUCCUGACCCCAACAUGCGAAUCGACGAGGUCGCUGUGCCGGACCGCCGGCUCAAGAAGCUGGUUAGAAACGGGCCCCACGUGUACCCGGGCGCCAACUUUGUGCUGUCUGCCGCGUACUCUCAGAGGAUUAUCUUGAUCAACAACGUUCGCGAGCGGACGGCAAACAAAUUAAGCAUUGGAGACACUGUUGAGCGCCACCUGGCCAAUGGCGACGUGGUUUUGUUCAACCGCCAGCCGUCACUACAUCGACUGUCGAUCAUGGCGCACUCGGCGCGCAUCAUGCCCUGGCGCACGUUCCGCUUCAACGAGUGCGUGUGCAUGCCCUACAACGCCGAUUUCGACGGCGACGAGAUGAACAUCCACGUGCCGCAGACCGAGGAGGCGCGCAUCGAGGCGCGCGAGCUCAUGGGUGUCAAGAAUAACAUGAUCACGCCCCGCAACGGCGAGCCCAUCAUCGGUGCCACGCAGGAUUUCAUCACAACCGCGUACCUGAUCACGCAGAAGGAGCGCUUCUAUGACCGGUCGCAAUUUGUUCAAAUCCCGCGCACACUGUGGUCCGGAAAGCAAGUCAUCAACGUCCUCAUGCGCCCGAACAAGGACUUUAAGCUAAAGAUCAACCUGGAGGCCAAGACCAAGUCAUUCAAAAAGACCGCCAUUCCUGAUCUCGAGAUGAUGUGCGGCACCCUGGACAAGAGCGUCGUUGGUGACGGCAAGAAGGAGUCGAUCUUUUACAUUGCGCUGCGCGAUUUCGGCACGGACGACGCUGCGUCGCUGAUGAACCGGCUGGCGAAGCUCUCGGCGCGGUGGAGUUGCAACCAAGGGUUUUCGAUUGGUCUUUCUGACGUCACACCCGGAAAGAAGCUGCGCCAGCGCAAGGACGACCUCAUCAAGGAGGCAUACGCCGAGUGCGACGGUCUCAUCGAGCAGAGCCGCAGGGGAGUGCUCGAGGCGCUUCCCGGCCGCGACAUUGCGCAGACCCUCGAGGACACGAUGUCCGGCGUGCUGUCCAGCGUGCGUGACAAGGCGGGUAAGAUUUGUAUGGAGGAGCUCACUCGCUACAACGCGCCGCUCAUCAUGGCUACGUGUGGCUCCAAGGGAAGCCCUAUCAACGUGUGCCAGAUGGUUGCCUGUGUCGGCCAGCAGAUUGUUAGUGGUAGCCGUAUUGCUGACGGCUUCACGGAUCGUACCCUGCCUAUUUUCUUAAAGAGGGCGCGCACACCCGAGGCCAAGGGCUUCGUCGCCAGCAGUUUCUUCACGGGCCUGUACCCGACAGAGUUUUUCUUCCACGCUGCUUCUGGUCGCGAGGGUUUGGUUGAUGCUGCGGUUAAGACUGCCGAGACAGGCUACAUGCAGCGUCGUCUGGUCAAGGCCUUCGAGGAUCUGCGUGUGCAGUAUGAUUCGUCGGUGCGCAACUCAGUGGGCAAUAUGCUCCAGUUUGAGUACGGCGGCGAUUCGCUUGAUCCGUACUGUCUCGAGGGCGAUGGCAUUCCGGUCAACUACAUGCACAACUGGAAGUACACCCGCAACACGGUGGAGCUGCCAGAGGACGACCAGCGCCUGGCGCCCUUCCAGAUUCGCCACAUUGUCGACUUGGCGCUGAAGGAGCCCCGCUUCGUCGACUGGACCAACAAGGACUGGCGCGAGCACACCAAGGGAUUCCUGUACGACGAGCUCGCCGGCCGCCUUGCAUCUCUGCGCGCGGCAUACGGGAUCGAUGCAUUUGACGAGGCUCCCGAGCACAUUUUCAGCGACGCUGCUGCCAAGCCCAAGUCGCGCGGCAGAAAGCCUAAGAACGCCCGCAGCAGCCGGCGGAUUCGCCCGAAGAAAACCACCCGCCGGGUCAUUGACAACAAGCUCCUGGUGACGCGCACAUUGCUCGACAGCUUCCUCGACAUAUGCAUCAAAAAGUACCAGCGCUCGCGCGUGGACCCGGAACUGCAGUCGCCGACGACACAGAUGACGCUUAAGGCUUUCCAUUUCGCCGGUAUUGCCAGUAUGAACGUCACUAUGGGUGUGCCGCGCAUCAAGGAGAUUAUCAACGCAGCCAAGAACAUCAGCACACCGGUCGUCCAGUGCAAGCUCAUCAAUGACACCAACAUCUCUUCGGCACGUAUUGUCAAGGGCCGCAUCGAGCGCACGUACCUGGGCGACAUUGCGCAGACCAUUGAGGAAGUGUACACUGCGACCUCGUGCUUCAUCGCCGUGCAGAUUGACAUGGAUGCCAUCCAUAAAUUGCAGCUCGAGCUUACACUGCCCAAUAUCUGCCAGGCCAUCAGCGUUGCGCCGAAGCUCAAGAUCGGCAACAAUGUCCAUAUGGAGCGCCCCUGCCGUAUCAACGUGUAUGCCAAUUCAAAGGACCCGAAGGAUCUGCACUACGAGCUGCAGAAGCUCAAGCGCGCACUGCCCAAGAUCAUUGUUCACGGAGUCCCCUCCGCCCAGCGCUCAGUCAUUAUCCGCAAGAGUGACGGCAGUGGGUACACGCUCAGUGUCGAGGGCUACAGCUUGAUCGAGGCCAUGACAACGGACGGAGUCGACGGCCGCUAUACCUACAGCAACCACAUGAUGGAUAACCUGCGCUACCUUGGAAUCGAAUCCGCGCGGCGCAUCAUGAUCCGCGAGCUGACCGAAAUCUUUGACAACUACAGAAUCUCUAUCGAUAUCCGCCAUUUGAUGCUGCUCGGCGAUCUCAUGUGCUACAAGGGCGAGAUUCUGGGAAUCACUCGGUACGGUAUUGCUAAGAUGAACGACUCGGUCAUGAUGCUGGCGUCGUUUGAGAAGACUACGGAUCACUUGUUUGAUGCCGCUGUGUUUGGCAAGCGCGAUAUGGUGCAUGGUGUGUCGGAGCGCAUUAUCAUGGGCCAGCAGAUGCCGGUGGGUACAGGUGUUUUCAAGCUGCUGAUGGACUAUGAUCGCGAUGUGCGCCCGACAAGGAGGCCGCUGCUUUUUGAUGAGCCCAGCACAGGCACUUCUAUCGGUUCUACUGCUGCCGCCGUUGUCACUGCCGGAUCCAUGGCGAUGGAAGUCGGCGCGUAG